AUACAGCUGUCGACCACAUGUGUUUGGCAUUGUAAUCUCCACCAGCUAGAAAUCUAUGGCCUAGCGUUCCAAAAAUGUAUUCGCUAUCUGUAAUUUUAAAACGAGGUGGACAGUGUUUAAGUCCCCGCAGCGAUUUUUUGUAGAUAUUGUUGUAACUGCGCUGUAGCUUGUAAGUGCAAGUUAAUAAUUUGUUACUGAUAUUAUUUUAUAUUUAUGUAUAGUCAAUUUUCUUUUUACGGAGCGAUACUAUGUUUAACUGUGUGGUGCACAGUAAUUUAAAGGAAUAUAAUUGCAAAAAAAAAUGGUACUUGGAAGGCAAAUCAACGGAAGGUGUUUCAACGCACCACCAGAUACGCAAACACAAACAUGCAAAACUAAAAAUAGAAACAGAACAAGAACUAUGCCACUAGAGGCAGAUGGAUAUUUCCAAACUUCGGAAAAAAAGCUAAAGCAUACCACCCAUAUACUCCCAUAUAAGAAGCUAGCUAUACUUGGUAUGGGUGCGGGGAAUCCUACCAGCAGUUCUUCAAGACAUACAACGUACCAUACAAAUUCGACGUAUGAUGGAAAAAGCACUCGUAGUCCUCUACGUCAGGAAGUAACAAAAAUCACGCACCUAGGAAUACCACACAAAUUAUGCUACAACAACAGAGUUGGUAUUAAUACUUUCCAUGCUUAUAAUAGUAGCAGCAACAACAAAUAAUACAUAUUCAAAACAACAUUGAGGCGCCGAAGUUGUACAUCUUGCUUCUGAUUUGAUUAUGCAGGCAUUAUUAGGCUGAACGUACAAUUUAUCAUUUUCAAUAUUGUGAUUGUUAAUUUAUAAAUUUUGAACGUACGCAAUAGCACUAAGUUUAUUAAUUUAAAUGUAAAAUAUUGUUAAAUUAGCAUCAUAUACAAAUGAAUGUACGAAUAUUUGUAACAAUCGUAAUAGUAGUGAAAUUUAAUUUGUAUUGUAACAACACAAAAAAAAAAAACAAUACUACAAACUUUUGAGAAAUUGUAAAUUACAAAAAUUUAAUAAUUAAUACUAACUUUAUAUGUAAAAUAUGGAAAUUUUGUCAAUGUAUAAAUGAUAGCCGCAAAAACGUUUGUAAAAAUUAAAGUUUACUUUGUACUAAAAUGCUAAUAUGUAAAUACGAAAAUUAAUGUAUAAUAAUUAUUAAUA